CUACUAUCUUGACACUUUCUGACAGAAUCAACCAACCAUCAUCUCAGGGAAACACGCUGUGAUUUUUCAUUGAACCCUGAAGCAUCCGGACUGAUCCUUAAAUCGCCUGUAUGUAGGCGUGCGGCAAGCGACUUCCUCUGUCUCAAUGGAAGCCGCAAUACGCUGGUCUCCCCUCUCAACUCCUGACCGAGCUCGGUUUUUGCUUGCAGAUGUCGCUGGAAACGCUCUCACUCUAUACGAGGCAGGAUCCUUGAACAGACAUGGCAUUCAAUACAAACCGAUAGCCCGCCGCGAGAAAGUUAACAACUUUACCGCUUUCGAUUGGUCAAAAACAGAUGACUCUCUUGUAGCACUGGGCCUUUCGUCUGGCAAUGCCGAGCUAUACAGGUUCGAUGGAUCUGAUUCAUCCGAUCCUGUUGCCCUUUUCAACAUCAAGACACAGCGAAGAUGCAAUACUAUUGCCUUCAACACACAAAACCUCCUUGCUGUGGGCUUAGAUCGAGUCAGACACGAUAAUUGUUUGACUGUUUAUGACAUCGAAUCCAACGAUGCCUAUUCAAGAUUGUGUGUUUCUGAAGCUGUGACAAGUCUUCGCUUCUUUCCCAACCAUCCACAGCAGAUGUUGGCUGCUGUUUCGCGUCAGACAAUUCGCCUGUACGAUCUGAGAGAUUCGUCAACCAGUACAGCAGGACUGGGAAAUUGUGGUAUCACAAAACUGGUCAACAACAUUGCUAUCGAUCCUUUGGAUGAGAACUACUUCGCUUCAGGUGGAUCGACGGGUGAUCCGUCCGUCACGGUCUGGGACAAGCGUUACCUAUCGCGUUCAAAUAACACGGUAGGUGCCGAUGCUACCAACAAUGGUGCCGUUCUCGAUCUUCGACCAGCCACGGACAACAGUCAAACCACCAGUGUCUGGAGCAUCAGAUAUUCAGGCCAAAAGAGAGGACGUUUCUGUGUCUUGUCCAGUACCGGAGAAGUCAAGUUGUAUGACACAGCGCAACACAAAGUACAUUCGAAGCUACGAUCAGCCUCUGUGAAUUACUACGGAGGCAAUCCCUGGAGCCAUCCCCACUAUGUUUCACGGACACAUAAUUUGCGAGUUCCCGAGACCGGGUCGCGAAAAGAUAGAGGAGCCAACAGAGUCAUUGCAUUUGACUGGAUCUCGAUAGACGACCAGGAUCGUCAGGCCAUUCUAGCUCUGCACCCGAACCGCGAUGUCGACUUGAUAUAUACUCCGGACCCCAGUCACAUCAGUAUGACAGGCCGAGGUGAUCUGUCUAUCUGCAACAAAGCACUAUCGGUAUACGAGCCAAAGGAGCAGCAUAAAUCCGUCGCUCAGGAAAUAAAAGCAUUACGAAAGACUUCCGAAAAUGCAAGCUCUACGCAGGAUGAACAACACACCUCCAAGCUACCCAGCCCAACCAAUGGACCAGCUCAACUAGACCAUCGCAAUCUCAAAUCAUUGAACGGAUCGACCCGUGCUGUAGCGGCUAGGACGGAAGAAUGGCUCGAUGAUAGUUUGAGUAAGGCACCAGAAAUUCUGCAUAAUGAGAGGGUCGUAGACUUGUUAGCUAUCUCGAAUGUGUCGCGGAGACGUUGUCAGGAGGGCUACCUUUUCGAUCCUCGAAGAAACCUUGAGAUCGUUGCCGAGGACCCGGCACUGGUCAAGCUUUGGGGCACCAUUAAGAGGCUCGAAGACUUGUCUCGAGACGGCGGUAUGGCUUCAGAAACGCUUGAUUUGAGCUACCUUGGCGUAAGCAACAUAUGGGAAGGCAAGCUGGGCAAUGGACCGAAUAGAGUGACGUCUGCCCAUAACGCAAUGCCAGAGCGAUUCGAGGACGUGAUAGCCAGCAUCCUCGAACGCCAUAGUCUGCCAGAGUUUGCUGGGAUCCGUACAGAGAAGCCGGAGCAACGACAACUCUGCCUGGCCUUGUGUGGCUGGGACUUCUCCCAUGAACACACGAAAGAGCGAUGCGACUACCUCGUCAAGAAACAGCGUUAUUACGAAGCAGUGGCAACAGCAAUGUUCAGAGGCCGCAAGACGAUCGCUCUCGAGAUUCUACGUGAUCUAAUCAGGGAAAGAACGAUCCAGAACAUAGGACUGGGAGCCCUGAUAGCUUCAGACUCCCUCAAUGACGAGCAACGCGAGAUGUGCCGUUGGAUGGAGGAAGACGCCACAGACCCAUACCUCCGCUCUCUUCUCAUCUACCUAGCCAGUAAUGAUUGGCUGGACGUUGUCCAUAAACUUGACGCUGACAUCAAGCUCUCCGACCGCCUCGGUAUCGCCAUCAAACACCUCGGCGACAGCCAAAUCUCCACCUUCUUAUCCCAAACCAGCAACUCCUUGAUCAGCGCCGGCAACGUCGAAGGCAUCCUCCUCACCGGCCUCGGCGAAAAAGCAAUGGAGCUCUUCCAAUCCUACAUCCGCCGCACCUCUGACCUGCAAACAGCAGUGUUGGCCACAGCAUUCACAAACCCCCUUUACGUCGACGACCCCCGCUGGGAAAUGUGGAAAGAGACAUACUUUCUACACAUGCAAUCCUGGCGUGCGUUUAUCGAGCGCACCAAAUUCAGUAUGCAACAUACCCGCCGCGCCGUCACCAAAGGAGGCAACAAACUCAUUGCACCACCGCCUCGACAACUGGCCCUCCGCUGUGCCCACUGCCAACACUCUUUGGCUAAAGAAAACGCAGCACACACGCAUCAAGCACAUGGAAGUAGCACACCAGCCAAAGGAACACAAGCACAAGCGCGUAUUGCAGGACCAGCUGCCAGUGCAGGCACAGUGUGUCCGCGCUGUGGUCGCCAUUUACCGCGUUGUUGUUUGUGUAUGCAAUGGCUCGGUGCCCCUGAGCCCACGCGUGCAAAGGAGGUGCAGAGUGGAGAAAAGGAGACGGAUGUGUUGAGCAAAUUCAUCACUUUCUGUGCUAGCUGUACGCAUGGUUUUCACGCGCAUCAUGCCAGGACUUGGUUUGCCAGGCAUGCUAUGUGUCCCGUACCGGAUUGUCGUUGUUUGUGCGGAUUGAAGUGAGGUGUUUGCGGUGAGAAGGCAUGGAUAUCAGGGUCCGGGAAAUAGAUUCAUCGAAGCGUACAUGUUUCAGAAGAACGCUGACUGUGUGGGCGUGAGACUAGAUGAUGAGAAAAAGUGAAAUGAAAAUGCUGCAUUCUUCUCGUUCAAUCUGCUACAUGCAUGCUCCUUCUCUUGCUAUGCUAAACUGACGAC